AUGUCAUAUGAAACAAUGAAGAUGGUAUCAACAUUUAAAAUCGAUUAUGCCAAUUUUGAAGCCGGCCCUAUCGAUGUUUUUAGUAUCAACAAUAUUCAUGCGUUAAUUUAUAAAAACGCUUCGGAAACUACGUUUAUAUUUGCUGAAACUAAUAGCCAGAUUACAUUUUUAACUCCAUUUGAAUACCAAAACCAUUUUUUAUAUCCAAUUGGACCAUUAUUGAUAUUUUACAUACCAAAGAAAUUCAUUGCCAUUAUUGAUUCAUCGUGCGAUAAUGAUUAUGUCUUUUCUUACGAUGAAAGACUUUGUCAAUUAGAUUUUGAGACAAAAAUCAUUAAAUUGGUAAACAAACCAAAGAUUGUUUUCCUCGAAGACAAAUUACAAUUCGCUUUUAUUGAUAUUAAGUGGGAUUUGCUAUAUUUAUUUUUAGAUGGUAAUAAUUUGAAAACUUGGCAGUUCGUCGCUCAUAUUCUUACAUACAGUUUCAUUUCAAAUUAUGCUGCAGUAUUAAUUCCACAAGCAAUCCAUAUUAACAUGCCUCAUUUGUUAAUUCCUUUUAUUUCUGAAUACGCGAUAUCAAAUAUUUAUCAACUAUUACUCAAAGACUUUAAUCCUUCACAAUUAGCUUAUGUUUCAUAUCGAUUUACUUCCAACAACUCGUUCAAACAGAUUCAUGAGAAUCUUUUGAGACCUUACUUCGAUGAACUCUUGAAAGACGUUAAGAUUUCUGAAAUGCAGAUGUCUUCUGAACUUUUGACCGAAUACGAUAAACAUUAUAGUCCAAAUGGAUUCACAUCUAUGACGUUUAUCAGUAUAUUAUUGUUGUUUGCUUUGAACAACAAAAUUCCUCAAUCAAAACUCCCAUAUCCGAUCUGCGAAACUAAUUUUCCUUUGUUCAAUUUCAUAACCCCAUCAAAUGAAACGAGAAAAGCUAUGAAAGAUGUAAAAAUGAAGAAUUUUGAAAUAACAUACUUCGUAAAGAUGAUUUACUGCAUAGAAAACAUCCCAAAGCUUCCUGUUGAAAUUGAUUAUUUGGAUUUGCUCAGAUCAGCUUCAAUUUUCCAAUCAGCGAAGUAUGAUACGCUUCCUUAUUCAGAAAAAGAAUUCCAGAAGUUCCAAAAACUUGCACGGCAGAUGUUUCCAACUUGUGCAAAAUUAUUUUUAGCCAGGUUCGGUUGUUUUCAGAAAUUUGAAGGCCAAGAUGAAACAGAAAUAAAGAUAUGGAUGCGCUCCAGUUCUGCGCAGACAGCUCCUCAAAUUAACUCUUAUUUUCCACCACCUAAACUUGCUCAUCAGUAUACUGACCUGGAAGCCGAAGACAACAACCUUUUCGAACCUCUUGAGAAAUGUAUUAAAAUAGCUGCUCUUAAUGAUAAGAUUAUUCCACCAAAAAUGAUCAAUAGCUAUUCAUUCGAGAAUCUUGAAUCAUUAUAUUGUUAG